AUGGGUAGGGAGUCUGUGCCCGGGCGGUGUCCGGUGUGGAGUCUCUCUCUGAUCCCACCUGAGGAGGCCGAGGAGGAGGGGGAGGAGGGGGAGGAGGAGGAUGCCCCCAAGGGAAAGCUCCAGCAGCUGGAUGGCGAUUACCGCUUUGCGCGGGAGCAGGAUUGCGAUCUACGUUUGUUUGAUUUUGAGGCUUUCGGAGGCUUUGGAAAGGAGGUUCGCAGCACCCUGAGGGAGGCGGCGAACCAGCUGAGCAACAAACUUUCGCACGCUCAGCACCUGGACGAGGUCACAUGGACCACCAAGAACUGGCACGGGCUGCAGAUGCAGCGCUUGUCUGUCGUCCUCCACACCGCCGUGGCGUGGCAGACGGCUGCGGCGGCGCUGCUGGCGGAGGAGGAGUCGGAGAAGUGCGCCGAGGACAAGAAGAAGGCCAAGAAGAGGGGCAAGAAGAAGAAGCAGGGCGGCAUGGGUAGCGUUGGGCCGUCGCAAGAGGCCGAGGCGCCGGCGGAAGAGGGGGAAGAGGAGGAGGUGGUGGCGGCGGCGGAGGAGGCGGAGCUUGCGGCGGCGCUUGAGGAGAGGCGCGCGCGCGACAAGCUCAAGGAGGCGCGGAAGCGGGACAGCCAGCGGCUGCGCAAGGCGCAUGGCGCGGCGAUGGGCGCGCUCAAGUCGCUCAACACCGCGGACAGCCCCUCCGCGCUCCGAGCGGGCAUCGCCGCCGCCAGGCCGCACGUGGGAGUGCUGCCUGCCUUGGCCGAGGAGGUGAGCGCGGCGGAGUCGCGGCUGGAAGAGCUGUCUGUCACCGAGCCGGAGGCGGUUGUUGCUCGGCCCGUCGAGAUAGCCCUGUCGGACCUCGCCGCGGCUACGGACGGGUUUGCAGAGGGCAAGCUGAUUGGCAGCGGCGGCUUCAGCCACGUCUACGAGGCGUCGGCCGACCUCCACCUCUCCCUCGCCGCGCCUCCACAGCUGCGCCACUUGCCGCUCGUCGUCAAGCGGGCAAAGUCGGGCCAGUCGGGCGGCUUGUCGCGGGCAGAGCUCGAGGUGAAGCUGCUCAAGGCGGUGAGCCACCCGCACCUGCUGCCGCUGCUCGGCUACUGCCUCUCGCCCGACGGCGUCUGCCUCCUCUCGCCGCUGAUGCGCGGCGGCUCGCUCGAGGCGCGGCUGCGUAUCUCGGAUCCCGACUGCGCGGCGCAGCUCCGGCGGUUGGGCAUGGCGGAGCCGCCGAGGCCGCUGACGUGGCGGCAGCGCGUGCGUGUCGCGUGCGAGGCGACCGAGGCGCUCGUCUACCUCCACUCGAAGGGCAUCGUGCACCGCGACGUCAAGCCAGACAACAUCCUGCUCGACGAGAAGCUGACCGCCGUGCUCGCCGACACGGGCUUUGCCAAGGACCAGCGCCCGGACGCGUCUGUCCGCUGCCGCUCGACUGCCGCCCUUUACAUGACCACGGGCUACCUCUGCCCCUCCAUCAUCAAGGGGGGCGAGUACUCGAGCAAGACGGACGGCUACGCCGUUGGCAUCACCCUCCUCGUCUGCCUCACCAACCGUUCAGAGGUGCAGCUCACCGACCGGUGCGAGGACGAGUUCGAGGAGGACUGGACCGACAUCGACGUGACGAGGAUCGCAGACGCGGCGGCGGGGUGGCCUGAGACUGCGGCGCGCGCUGUCAAGGACCUCGCCAAGGCGGACGGGAAGAGCCUCUGCCACGACAGCCUGCGCAAGCGGCCCACGCUGCCCGAGGCUCUCGCGACUUUGCAGGCGCUGCUCUCUGGCUCGCAGCGCGGGGCGGGGAUGGAGGAGGCUGCGCCGGCACUUGGAGACGAGGCCGCCACCGCCGCCCGCACCACCGGCUACGAGCCUUCGCCGCUCUCGGUGCAGGUGCGCGGCAUGCGCACGUCCGGCGACGCGCAGGCGCGCAUCCAGGACAACAUGAUGCUCGCCUUCAAGACGCUGAUGCCGCGCCUCGACGCCGUGUACGCCUCGCGCUCCGCGGCGGCGCCCGACGGCUUCGAGGAGCGCAUCAACUUUUGGCACCGCGAGUGCGGCCUGCCGACCGAGCUGCGGAGGCAGCUGCACUCGCUGCGCAUCUGGGCGAACGCGGCGAGGCACCACGACGCGGCGAGGUGGAGGAGGGACGGGCCGCGCAGCGAGGGGGAGGCUUCGCGGCUCGUGGCCGCGGUGACGGAGGCGAUCGGGGCGCUCGAGGGGUGAAAAUACGUUACGGUUGACUCUCGCAUGCGACACUUUGCGGUAGAGGGGCUC